AUGCCUCGCGACGACAACAACGACGCCUACUACCAUCCCUCCUCCGUCCACUACCCGUCCCCGCCGUCCCGCUCGUCCUCGGACAGCUCAGCCAGCAUCCGCUCAACGCGUACUUCCAAGUCCUUGUCUCCAUCUCGCCGACCCACCAAGUCUCCAGUCACACCGCCCAAGACGCCCCCGCGCAUUCGCCGCCCGUCCAUCGCCGCCCUUCCCAAUCCCAUGAACUGGCUGGCCCGUUCAUCUUCGUCCAACUCGACUCCCCAGGCUGCGCCGUACGGGACCUCCGUCAAGCCGAUCCGCAUCUCCGAACCCAAGCUCAACAACUCCCUGGAGCUUUGGGCCGGUCCCAGGAGUGGCACGCUAGGUUCCGGCGCAACAGUCGUGCGCACACCCCAGGAGGCAUUGAUCGGUUCAUCAGCGAGGGUAUCGUAUGGAUCCCGCUCUAGCUCCGACGUGGACUCGCUGGGAAAGAAGAAGAGAGUGAAGAGCAGCGAGAGCAUCGACGAGUUGUACGAGAACGCAGAGGAGGCCAAGGAGAGCCCUGAACUCCCGUCUCCGCCAGAGAGCCCGCCACUUCCGCCUCUCCCGCUCUUCGCUGCCACCAAGUCGACGCCAGAACUUCCCCUUCGUUCUUCACCAGCCGCGUCAUCUACUUCACUUCCUCCUCCGCCACCCACUCGUCCACCCCCGUCCCCACCCACGCGUCCGGCGCUGAAGAAUUGUCGCACCUCGUCAUCUCCUCCCAACUCGGCUUACUUCCCUCCCGUUCCAGUCGUCCCCGCUCACCUCGCCACUCCCUCACCGCAACCGGCGUUUGAAGCCAUCCUCGUUUCCGCCGUGCCCUCCGCGGUGAUCGACCCCACGAAGGUUAUCGUGACGCUCGAAACGAACACAGUAACCUACCGCACGAGCUACAACACCUUAGUGUCCCAGUCCUCACACCUUGCUUCGUACCUAAAGUCUUUAAUGUCCAAGGGUGGAGAGGAAGAUGAGGAGGAUGACGGCCAGUCCAUGCGGUCGUUUGCGAGCGAGGCUGAGAGCUCGUUCAAUUCGAUAUUCCAUCAUCACCUGGCGUCCUCUGGGCUAUUAUCCCAGUCGACGUCGAAUAUCCAUGUAUUCCUGGAUAGACCCAGUGCAUCAUACGCCCACAUCCUGACCUACCUCCGAACGCCCACGGCCCUCCCGCGGUCCGUUCAGCUCUCCGGCUGCUCCUCCCGCACCGAGGCCUCCGCCCGUCUAGACGCGCUCCUCGACCUCCGCGACGAAGCCGCGUACCUCGGCCUCGACGACCUGCAGAAGCUCUGCACCGAGGAGAUCCGCUCAAAGUACACUCUCAGCCACGCCGGCUCACCCUCGCAUGCGCACACCCUCUCGGUCGCCGGGAGUGAUGUCCCGCCGAAGCAUCAGCGCGGCGGGAGCACGACUUCGCUGCACAGCAUGCAGACGCUGCGGGAGACGCCAAUGGAGGAAGAGGAGAUCGCGCCAAGAUCUCGCAGGGACCGCAGCGCGUCGCGAGAGCGGGUGGCAGAGUCUACCGCUACGACUGCGACGGUCCCUGGCUUGCGCGACCGACUGGCUCGGUCGACAAGCAGCAAUAGCGCUCUCUCGGAUGGACUGAAAAGUCCCGGGAUCAGCAUGUCUAUGCGGACGAGACCUGCUGCGAAUUGGAUUUAA